ACGAUCCUUGAUGCAGAUCAUCCUCAGAAGACAGGGACAUCGGCUGGAGAGAGUCUCGUCCUCCAGAGCUCGGUCAGUUAUCAGGACCGAAGAUGUCGGCAUUCUGGACUGUUGUCCUCCUCAGCAGUCUGCUGGCCCCUUCACAAGGAUUCGGACUCAUACCCUUGGUUGCCAGAGGAGAUACAGAUGGUUUUAAAGGUUCACCAGCCAGAGGUGUUCCCCAGAAGCAUCAAGGUGGUCUCCUUGGUGGCAAUCUGCUCGGUGGUCUCCUUGGAAAAGGUGGUGCCGUAGGCAGUCUCCUUGGAAAAGAAGGAGUUGUUGGAGGUCUCCUUGGCAAAGAUGGUGCUGUUGGUAGUCUCCUUGGCAAAGAUGGUGCUGUUGGCAGUCUCCUUGGCAAAGAAGGAGUUGUUGGAGGUCUCCUUGGCAAAGAUGGUGCUGUUGGGGGUCUCCUUGGUGGAGAUGGUCUCCUUGGUGGUCUCCUUGGCAGGGAUGGUAUCCUUGGUGGUGUCCUUGGCAAAGAUGGUGUCAUUGAUGGUCUCCUUGGCAAAGACGGUAUCGUUGAUGGUCUCCUUGGCAAAGAUGGUCUUGUUGAUACUCUCCUUGAUGCUGUCCGAACUUCCAUUGGCAAAAAUGGUCUCCUCGGCAAAAACGGUCUCGUUGGCAGCCUUCUUGGGAGAAAUGGUGAAGAACUCAUGGGGCUGAGAAUUGUGAACAACACCCUCCCCAAAAUAAGUCUGCGCUCCCUGCCAGGCUUUGGGCACCAGGUGGACUUCAACACCCAGCUGCUGGUAGAGAGCAGUGUACCAGGCCAGCCGCUCUGCGAGCAGGUGGAGGUGGAUGCGACCAUGCUGGUCCAGGACACCUGGACGGCUCACCAGAGCAACAUGAACUGCAAGACUGUUGACAUAAACAUCCGUGUGAGUCCCAGAGUGCCAAUUCUGGAUGAGCCUUUGAAACGCCUCCUUAGUGAUGUCCUGAGUGAUCUGGGCUGCAACAUCAUCAAUGCCAAGCUCAACGUGGUGAACUCUCUGCUUGGCUCCCGGAACCAGAUGCUCCCGCUCGGGGCUCUGGGAGACCUUCCCCCCUUCUCCAUCCUCAGUGGUGACUCCAUCCAGCUGGAUCUGAAUCUCCUCUCCGGGAAUGCCGAGGGUGGCACAGUGGCCCCCACUCAGCAACUGCCACUCGCCGCCACCCUGCUGCUGGCCACUGGCCGCCCACCACAGCUCAGCCUCUCCCAGGACACCCUCAGCGCCCUGCUGGAGCAGGUCCAGGGGCAGGGAGCCCUCAACCUCAGCAUCACCAACUCGUCAGUUCCCGAGAGCACCUCGCUGUCCGUGUCUGCCCUUUUCCCAUUCAUCCCCCAGCUUGCCCGGGCCCUCCCUGGCUCUCUGCCACUGGAGCUGCGUGUCCGGAUGAGAGAUGAGCCAGUGGUGGCCGUGAGGGAUGGAAGAGCCAUCACCCUCAAAGCCACCACUGACGUCCACGUUCCUGCCCUACAGACCUCCCAGGGGCUCCUCUUCUCCCUCGACAUGGACAUUGUUCUGCACAUCACCCCAUCGGUCUCUGAUGGCAAACUGCAAACCUCCCUGGCUCUUGACAGCAUCAAGGUGACACGGUCCCCCCCGUCACUCGACCCUUCCGCCGUCCCCUCGCUCACAGAAUGGCUCAAGCAGCUCCUCACGGCUGCAUAUGUACCUGGUGUUAAUGAUGCCUUCCAUGUGUCGAUCCCUCUGCCCAACGUCCUCAACACCAACCUCAGGAAUGCUGAAGUCACCAUCACUGACGCGGACGAGAUUCCUGGCCAGACCACUCUUGAAAGAUACUGCUCGAGAGGAGCCUCAAUGCUGCUCCCUUUCUGAGGCAGCACACUGUGCACCCCAAGCCUUGCUCCACUC